UUCCUGCCCGCCUGGUCAGCUGAUUCAGGCGGUGGAAAGAGACAGAGGAUGAGCAUCGCUAGCAUCCACAAUGAUUACGAUGUCUCAUGGUUUAGGACAGCCGGUAAAAUGAAUCACACCUAUCUGUAAGACCGAUUAAGCAGUGGAAUCUCUGGUCUGAUAGCAGAGUCUCUCUGUGGAGGAAGGUUUUUCAGCGGAUCUUCGAUCAAACAGCAGAUCUGUCCGCUGCUUCUCCUCCCCUCUGCUCUCUUGGCUUGGGAAAGGCUGUUUUUUUCCUCCAAACGCAACGCCAGAAACGGACGUUGAGAAAGUAUCAGACUUAACCGGAAUCAAUGAGGGAGCCAGAACAGGAGGAGCAACCUGAAGACAACAUGCCCCCAAAGUUUAAGCGACACCUCAAUGACGAUGAGGUCACUGGAUCCAUCCGCAGCGAGAGGAGGAACCUGCUGGAGGAGGACUCUGAUGAGGAGGAAGACUUUUUCCUGAGAGGUCCCACAGGCCCCCGAUUUGGACCUCAGAAUGACAGAGUGAAGCAUGUACAGUCCCAGGUGGACGAGGUGAUCGACGUGAUGCAGGAGAACAUCUCCAAGGUGAUAGAGAGGGGUGAACGUCUGGAAGACCUGCAGGACAAGUCCGAGAGCUUGUCGGACCACGCGUCGGCGUUCAGCAGCCGGGCCAAGCAGCUGCACAGGAGGAUGUGGUGGAGAGACAUGAAGAUGAAGAUGAUUAUUGCGCUGGUAGUCGUUGCUCUGCUGCUGAUCAUUAUCGUCCCAAUAAUCCUUCGAUAUCGUUAGCGACUGAUGAAUUCCAUCUGCAUCCUCCCAUCUGGCACCCAGUCCCAGCGGGCCCCGGGACGCCGUCCACACUGUCUUCAGAGUUCCUUCACCCUCAGGCCUUCUUUUAGCCGUUAGUUCAGAUCUUUCAUCAUAUCUAGAUGUGAGAUCAGUUCUAAGGCUCGGUUUGAUCCCUGCUUGAUGAAGCUAAGAGAAAACAGAAGCAUUGACUUUUUGGCUUGGGUUUAAUAUCUUUAACGUCUCAGAUCAAACCUUCAACACCGGGAAGAUCCAACAGUCUGUCUUAUUGAUCUCCUGUAAAUCUGCUGCAGCAGCUUCAUAUAGAGGCUGUAACCUCCAGCAGAUGAGCCUCUGGUGUUUUCUCAUGACUCCCCACAUCUGAAUCUCCAUCAUCAACAGGAGCAAUGGUUUAGAGGGAACACCUUUCUAGUAAAAGCACAUUUUUUACAUUCUCUCCCGUUUGAGAAAACAUCAGAGCCUCAUCUGUGUUUUUUUUUUCUUUUUGUAUCAUAAGACUUCUUUUUAAAUAAAAAAUAGAUCAGUCCUCUAAAGGGAAGAUUCCUUUAGAGGAAGAGGACAGACUUUUUACUUUCCCAUGCGAUGAUCUGGUUGUAGAGAAAGAACCAUGUGAAACCAAACCAGCCGGAUUCUGAAUGUCUGCUUAAACUUCUUACUUCCUGCAGGAACCUGCUCUUCUCUGGGCUGCUUUGGUCGCCUGUUCAUUUAUUUUUAAACUCCCGGCUCUGUAAAUGGUUCUUUUAUGUUUUUUUUUUAUUGUCGUUUUCUUUUCUCUAAACUGGAGUUAUUAUUAUUGCUUUCUCUGUAUGAACGCUGGUAUUUGCUACUGAGGGAACAGUUGAUCUCUGUACUGUAACGACUGGAAAGGAAGGUCCUAUGUAACAUGAAUGCAAACCAUAAGUGUAGUUGUGACUGGUUACGGUCUCCAUGGUAACUUUGAUUGUGUAAUUUAUUUCAGCUGUACAUACUGACUGUAAGGAUAAUGUACAGUACUGUGUGGCAUUGCAUUGGAAGACAGUGACUCUUUUUGCUCUGAAGUAAAGUCGUAUUAAAGGGC